AUGUUCUGGAUUUUUAUCUUCCAGCUCUUGUAUAUUCCUAAUUUUGUCUGGGCCUUUUCUGACUAUGACUGCUAUGUAACUAUGAAGGAAGAUUUUUACCAUCAAGGAGAUGUGAUGAUUGGUGCAUUUUUUCCUCUUCAUAUUUAUUAUACAUGUAACAAUGUUCCUGAUAUAAAGAACCCAUACUAUUUUAAGGAGAUGUACAUACAGAAUAAGUUUAAGAGCUACCAGUUUGUUCUGGCCCUGGUAUUUGCCACUGAGGAGAUCAACAGAAAUCCUCAUCUUCUACCCAACACAACUCUGGGCUUUGAGCUACAUAUUAGAUUUACUGAAAAGAGUAUCCUUCUUGGCCCCUUUUUUUGGCUCACAAGUGUGAGCAAUCAUCUAUUUAAUUACAACUGUGUAAGGAAGAGAAUGUCACCUGCUGCACUCACAGGAACAUCAUGGGCAACAUCUGCUCACAUUGGGACACUACUACAACUCUACAAAAUACCUCAGCUCUCUUUUGGGGCUUUUGAUUCUACCUUGAAUGACCAAGGUCAGUUUAAUUCUUUCUAUCAGACGGUGCCCAAGGACACAUAUUUAUCACUUGCCAUAGUCUCAUUGAUGCUUUAUUUCAGAUGGUCCUGGGUUGGUCUGAUCCUCCCAGAUGACCACAGAGGGAAUCAGAGGCUGUCAGACUUGAGAAAAGAUAUGGAGAAUAAUGGCAUCUGCAUAGCCUUUUUGAAACUGAUCUCUGGCACCAUGAAUUCACUUUCCAAUGAAUUAUGGAAAAAUCUGGAGGAUGCAUUAUGGGAGGAUCUGGUGAAGAUUCAGGAAUCAUCGGCUAAUGUGAUAGUUAUUUAUGGGGACAUUGUUUCAUUGCAAGGUUUAAUGCGACAUAUUGAGCAAUUGUUAGUGACAUGGAAAGUCUGGAUAUUGAACUCUCAAUGGGAUGCUGAUAACCUUGCUGAUUAUUUCAUGGUAGAGUCAUUUCAUGGAAGCCUCAUUUUUUCACACCACCAUGAAGAGAUAGUUGAAUUUACAAAUUUUAUUCGCACAGUUAAUCCUUACAAAUAUCCAGAAGACACUUACCUUCCUAAGUUUUGAUUUUUGUUCUUCAAGUGCUCAUUUUCUGAGUCUGAUUGUCACCUUUUGGAAAACUGCCAACCCAAUGAUUCUUUGGAGUUACUGCCCGGACACCUUUUUGACCCAUCCAUGAGUGAAGAGAGCUACAAUAUAUACAAUGCUGUGUAUGCUGUGGCCUACAGCCUCCAUGAGAUGAACCUCCAACAAAUACAGACACAGCCAUAUGCUAAUGGAGAAGGAAAGGAAUUCUUCCCCUGGCAGUUCCUUCCUUUCCUAAAUAACUUCCUCCUGAAAAAUCAUGUGAGAAAUAACAUAGUAAUGAAUGGCCAAAAACACUUAGAUAUUCUCAAUUUUUGGAAUUUUCCAAAGGGUCUUGGAUUAAAGGUGAAAGUAGGAAUCUUUUCUUCAGAUGCCCCCUUGGGUCCCGCCUUUUGUCUAUGUGCGCAGAUGAUUCAGUGGCCUACAAAGUUUAUAAAGAUUCCACAGUCUGUGUGCAGUGAGAGCUGUAUGCCUGGAUUAAGGAAGUCUGCCCAGGAAGGCAAGGCUGCUUGCUGCUUUGAUUGUACUCCUUGUGCUGAAAAUAAGAUUUCCAAUGAGACAGAUAAAUACCAGUGUGUGAUGUGUCCAGAAAGUCACUAUGCAAACUCAGAGAAGAGUUACUGCCUCCAGAAAUCUGUGACCUUUUUGUCCUAAGACUUCUUGGGUAUGGCUUUCACCACUGCAGCACUGUGCUUCUCUGCACUCACAACUGUGGUUCUUGUAGUCUUUGUGAAGCACAGAGACACAUGCAUUUUCAAGGCCAAUAUUCAGGCUCUCAGUUACAUCCUGCUAUUGACACUCAUCAUCUACUUCCUCAGUUCCUUGCUCUUCAUUAGCCCAUACAACACAGCCACCUGCAUCUUGCAGCAGACAGCAUUUGGAAUUCUGUUCACUAUGGCUCUCUCCACAGUACUGGCCAAAGCUAUCACAGUUGUUAUUGUAUUCAAGGUCACUGUUCCAGCUAGAUUGGUGAGGUGGUUAAUGGUAUCAAGGACCCCUAACUUCAUCAUUCCCAUCUGCACACUGAUCCAACUUGUUCUCUGUGGAAUCUGGCUGGUUACCUCUACACCAUUCAUUGAUCAUGAUGCUCAUGCUGAACAUGGCCACAUCAUCAUUGUGUGCAACAAAGGAUCAGCAGUUGCCUUUCACUAUGUCCUGGGAUACCUCUGCUCCUUGGCACUUGGGAGCUAUGCCAUGGCCUUCUUGUCUAGAAAUUUGCCUGACACAUUCAGUGAAGCCAAGUUCCUGUCAUUCAGCAUGCAGGUAUUCUUCUGUGUGUGGGUCACCUUCCUCCCUGUCUACCACAGCACAAAAGAGAAGAUUAUGGUGGCUAUGGAAGUCUUUUCUGUGUUGGCUUCCAGUGCAGCACUCCUUGGUUUGAUCUUUGUCUCCAAGUGCUACAUAAUUUUGUUAAGACCAGAUAAGAACUCCCAUCUUGAUAUCAGGCACAAAACCCAUUCAAAAAGGAAUUUUAACUUAAAAUUUAGUUAAAAUGAAAAUUAAUCUGUUAGUAAAUUAUAAACAAAAAAUAAAACCAGUGCUACACUAUUAUAAAUCUUUAAUUAUGUAUAAUACCAUGUGAAUAUUUAAUUAAUUGUACUAAAAUCUCUUGAAAUGGAACCAUUAUUUUAAUCUUAUGUUUGAGAUUUAUGUUUUACACUUUUUCACUAAUAAAAUUUCUUUAUGUUUCUUUCUUUUAGCUGAAUCCCCAUAAUUAGAACAGUGUGGCAUAAACUCAUGGAUAGAUGAUUUCCUUUGGCUACAAAGUGCUAGUUUUGAAGUUGUGUCACCGUGUGUCAGCCAUGAUGUAUUUGUUUUAUCCUUCUCUCGUUAAAAACAAACCAUUAAAUUUUGUGUAAUUAUUUCA